AUGUGCGGGUCAGAAGCUAGUGAAGUGAGAUCAUUGUUACAAAUUAGCUAUCCUAUGGAGAAUGGGAUCAUUAAGAACUGGGAAGAUAUGGAACACUUGUGGGAUUAUGCAUUUUACGAAAGAAUGAAGUUACCUACACAAGGAGAAAAGAUCUUGUUAACCGAACCACCAAUGAAUCCGUUGAAGAAUAGAGAAACAAUGUGUGACGUUAUGUUUGAAAAAUAUCAAUUUGGAGGCGUUUAUGUAGCAAUCCAGGCAGUGUUAGCUUUAUAUGCUCAAGGUUUGAGUUCUGGUGUAGUUGUCGAUUCUGGUGAUGGGGUCACUCAUAUUGUUCCAGUGUACGAAUCGGUUGUUUUGAACCAUUUGACCAAGAGAUUAGAUGUCGCCGGUAGGGACGUCACCAGAAACUUGAUUAACUUAUUGUUACGUCGUGGUUAUGCAUUCAACAGAACAGCCGAUUUUGAAACUGUUCGUCAAAUCAAAGAAAAGUUGUGCUACGUUUCUUAUGACUUAGAUCUUGAUUCAAAGCUUGCACGUGAAACUACUACGUUGGUCGAAUCAUAUGAAUUGCCUGAUGGUAGAGUUAUUAAGGUUGGAUCCGAAAGAUUUGAAGCGCCAGAGUGUUUAUUCCAACCAAAUUUAGUUGACGUUGAACAACCCGGUGUUGGUGAAACAUUAUUCAAUACUAUUCAAUCAGCAGAUGUUGACGUUAGAACAUCUCUUUUUAAGGCCAUCGUUUUGUCUGGUGGUUCUUCUAUGUAUCCUGGUUUACCAUCACGUUUAGAAAAAGAAUUGAAGCAAUUAUGGUUGACUAAGGUAUUGCAUGGUGAUGCCACAAGAUUAGAUAAAUUCAAGGUCAGAAUUGAGGACCCACCAAGGAGAAGACAUAUGGUAUUUAUCGGUGGUGCAGUUUUAGCUAAUAUUAUGGCAGAUAAAGAACAUAUGUGGAUCACGAAACAAGAAUGGGAAGAACAAGGAACUCGCGUGUUGGAAAAAUUAGGACCUCGUUAA